AUGCUCGUCGCCAGACGCCAAUCCAGAACGCGAGUCAAAGCGGAGAUCAAUUCGAGAGUACUUCUUCCCGUCCACACCAACAGCAGUCGACCCAUCGGCUCCAAGAGUGAUCAGGUCCCCAAAAGCUUCAGAGCGACUGGUACUACCAAAGCCUGUCCGUGGGACUACGCCAAAGCCACGCAACCCCCGACUACCAAGGGCUCCGCGAACUCGAAGCCUGUAACAAAAAAAGACACAAGCCGCAGCAAACGAGCAAGCAAGAGCACUACUACCAAGUCCUCGAACGCCGCUGCUGUUCUUGCUGGUCCCUGGAACUCAACCAUGCGGCCAGCAACGGUGGCUGCCUUGGUGAUGACUGUGUUGUCCGUGGCCGCAGCCCUAUCCCGAACAGAAUUCAUGCCAUCGUCGAGACCUGGGACGGGCCAGGAAGAAUGGGACUGCGACCCUGUUGACGAGUGCCGUGAUCUCCGUGGUCGCGGAGUCAGCAGCAGCACCUGUGAGUUGCCGGCGAGCGACAGGGAGGUACCCGAUGGCAAGCGGAAGUCGAGGGAGAUUUGCUCGGCGGCGAAGGGCCUCGUCAACGAGGGCCUCUUCCAUCUCUUUGAUGCGCUUGCGCUGCUUCUCAAUCUCGGCAUCCUUGGCCGUGAUGAUGCCCUCUUUGAUUGUCAACUGCGCCACAGCGUUGACGUGUUCCUGGUCGCGUGCCUUGACCUGGUCUUUCAGGAGAAUGAUCUGCACGACCGAGGCGCUCCAUGCACAAUAUCUGACUUGGGUGCUAGCCAAAGCGAAAUUGGUGUGCGUGGACGCGUCACCCCAUGGUCCACCGUGUGGUAA